GAGAUAUCUUAACACAACAGUAGUCAGUAUUGCAGUCUACUGCUUAGUCAGUCUACACUUUACGGUUACUCUCUGCACAUUAUUGUUAUGAAUGAUAAACGUAUAGUUAGCCAAAGCCAGUUAACUGUCCAAGCUCAAGAUUCGGUGAAAUAAUUCAAACUAUUAUGGAUUACUCUUAUAUAAGGGUACAAUAAACUUUGAAAAAAAAAACCGGAUGUAUUUUGGUUUUGUUUAAAAUGAGUGGUAUUCGACGAACAGAUGACGAUAAGUCUGGAACUAAUUAUGAUCAGAACUUAGAAAAACUGAAUUGCUUAAAUUUGCAAGAAGAAAAUGAGGUUUCUGAACAGGACAAAUGUACGCCCACGCUUGACUAUCUUCAGUCUAUUGUUGAGGAACUGUAUACAUUUAAUAAAAAUUCAUUAGAAAAUAAUACUGAAAAAGUAUCUUACAACAAAGAAAUUCUCAAUGAAAAAGUUAAACAAGUAUUAACAUUGAUGAAAAAAAAUGAAGAAGCUGCAGUUGCUGAAAACAAAGCACAAUAUUUUUUUUUACUGGGCAAAACUUGGAGUGUUACACAGCCAGUAAAUGAAGAAUGUGUUAAUAUAUUAUCCAAAGCAGUUAAACUCAAUCCAACUCACUUAGAUGCCUGGAAUUCGCUUGGUGAAUGUUUAGUACAUUUGAAAAGGUUUUCUGAAGCCAAAUAUUGUUUCCUCGCGUCAUUGAAACAUGGUAAAUGUAAAGUCAUUUUAAGGAAUCUAUCGAUUAUUAUGCGAGAGGCUCAAUUGCUAACUAGUGAAAAUGUUAAGGAAAACCUUAAUGCAGGCAUUGAGUAUGCUAAAGAAGCUGUUGAAUUAGACACUAAUGAUGGUGAAUCCUGGGCAAUACUUGGAAAUGCUUAUCUAUCCUUAUUUUUUAGGAGACAAGAAGAUAAGCUCCUUAGACAAUCCAUCAACUCUUUUGAGAAAGCUCUCAAAGACCCUGUAGCUGCCAAGAACGCUGAUCUCCAUUUUAAUAGAGGCGUUGCUUUGAAAUAUGGGGAAAUUUAUACAGAUGCUUUAUUAAGCUUUGAACAAGCCUCGAUAUUAGAUCCAAUGUGGACUACAGCUAAAGAAACAUUGGAAGAUCUUGUUAAAUAUUUGACAUCGACACAAACAUUAUAUCAACGUAAGGGUCAGGUAAAAAGUAAGCGACUUCAACAAAUGACCGAGUCUUUAAACCCCAGUUGUUUGGGGUUGUACAACAAUAAAAUAAAAACAAUAAAAGGUCAUGUAAUAUUGGAACACAUUCCAUUAUCUAAACUCCAAACUGGUUUUAAUGCUAAUAAAGUUGUAUGUGGUCGAGUAGUAUGUGUUGUAUACAAUCAGGAGCCUGUUCCUUAUACAUUCUGCCUGGUGGAUAAAGAUUUAUCAUGUGUUGUUGUAUCGGUAUACAACCUAGCUCAAGGUAAAGGACCGAUCAUAGGAGACUCUGUGGCCAUUCCCGAACCUUAUUUAACUAAUAUUGAUGCAAAAUAUUUAAAACAGACGUUCCAGUACCCUAGCAUAAGAGUAAACCUUCCUUUAACCAUGGUUGUGAACAAGAAAAAUAUAAGUGCAGAAUGUGUGUCUCAGCCUCAGUUUUUAUCCAAACAAUUUUAACAAUUGUUACUAUUUUCUUACACCAUACAUUUUGUAUAGUUCAUCAAUUAUUUCAUCAUAAUAUUUAUUACUAUAAAAUGAAAUUUUAUAAGUUUAAUUUAACAUUGCCAACA